AUUUUAUCUGUAUACAGACAUAACUACGUAUAUUGGUCGUUCCUGCAAGUUUUGCCGAUAAAAUUACGUGUCGAUAACACGUGAGUAUUAUUAUUUUCUAUUUUCUACGGUCGAUUUCGGAUCGGAUAAACAAUGACACGUACGAGAAUCGAUGAAACAUUUUACUGUAACGAAACUAGAAGUAGAAUCAAAGAAAUGAAUUAGUAGUUUUAGAUUGUUUAAAACUGUUAUUUCAAUCCUUUGUUACGCGUUUUUAAAGUUAUUGUUCGGGAAACAUGUAAUUUUAAGUUAUAUUCAAAGUUAACACUCGCUUCGAAAAUAAAAUACCAAAGGGAAAUUAUAAUCGAUCGACAGAUACAUGUGUUAUAAAUUCGUAAUUUACAGAAGUAUAGCAUUUAAGUAUUUGGUAUUAAGUAUUGACGACGACACGAUUUACCUACUAUUUUCAAUUUGCCGUUUUUUUAUUUUAGAUGGGAAUUUUUUUUAUCUCUUUUAGGCACCGAUCUAAGGACCUCUAUAUUUAAAGUCCGCAAAACAUUGCCUCUCACUUAAAAAAAACGGCCAAAAGAUUGUAUAUAUUUCUGUUAUUUUUAUUGUAGUAUUGCAUGCAUGUAUGUAUAUUGUUCAUUUUUUGCUUGAUAUUGUUCAUUAUUCACAGAUCCGUGAAUUUUUAUAAUAAUUAUAAUAAUAAUAAUAAUAAGAUAAUUCAACAAAUUGAAGGAUCUAUGAACAAAGAACCAAUAUCUUUAGGCCUCAUACACAACACAGUAAUAAUAAUAAUAAUAAUAAUUAACACAUUAAAAAUAAUAAUUUUAUUAUCUCAAGGCUCUUUGUUUUAGUCGGCCUCAGAAUUCAUAAACAAUACAAUAGAUUUACUAAAUUAACAUAUACAAAAAUUUAUUGGAAAUUAAAGUACAAAAGAAUAUUUUUAUGGACUAAUAAUUAACGAAUUCCAUUUUAUGUAAAUGCAGUUAAUUCACUGUAACAUUUAUAAGUUCCGGAGGAGAUCAUAAACAGGCUCGAGACAUAAAUAAAUGAUAACUUGUUUAAAACUACAAAAUAAUCAUUCUUAGACUGUAUAUACACACACACCUUGUCUAUGAACACGUUAGUUAACAUGUUAAUGUAAAUUAGACCAAAAAAUAUAUACAUGUAGACUAACAGUGGCGUUGCUUGACACACAUAUCUCCGUGUAUAUUUAUUAUCAAAACAGGAGUUUCCUUUCUAUCUUCCACUAUUCCAUAUUAUUAUUUCCAUUGUAACUCAGAAUUCAAGAAAUGUAUAAAUUGUAUGUAUAAAGUAAAAAAGGUGUAUGAAUUAAAUUCAUAAAUCCAAAGCUGUAUUACGAAUUAAAAAUUGUGAAUUAAAAUCUUUCUUUUCAAAUAUAUGAAUUCCAUAGAUGAAAAUGUCUGGGUAUUUGUGAUAAAAAUGUACCAAUUUCCGAGUUCGAUGUUACCGGAAAAUCAAGUUUGGAAAAUGAUCGUAAACUGUUUAUUAUAGAGAAAUUUUCGUUUCUCGAAAUCGAUAUUGGGUUAGAUUCAUAUUUUAUGUAUACCCCGUUUUGCCACGGACUGUUUGUGUUUCGCGUAAACGAUAAAAAAAGAAAAAGUUAAAGGGAAAGCAGAAAAUUACAGCAGAAAAAAUUCUUCCGCAACGGAAUAUCGAGCCCGUUGAAAUUUCUAGCACGCACGAUUUCUUUGGUUCUAUAGGUCGCUGUUCAUCUCUCCGUACCGUGCUAUUUUUGGACUCUACAUAGGUACGGAGACGUUUAAGCGAUUUCACAGUAAUAGAAGCCGAGCAGACAGAUGCAAUUACGAAAAUCGUGGCGUCGGUAUAUCGUUCAAUAUCCGCAAAUUGUGUGUAUCUCUGAUCCAGUGGUUCUUAACUUUGUCAUUGUCGCAGCACACAAUUUAAAAGAAAUUUCUUACAGCAAACAUUAUAUCAUUAGAAACACGUCAAAUUGAAUGAAAACUUUUAGACAAAAAGAGCAUUAAGAAUAUUACACACGUAUUUUUUUUGUUGUCAGCUGAUAUUUAUGUUACAGGCGCGCAAACUACCCUUGAAAUAGUAAAUAAAAUCACUAUUCAGUUAGAUAUAAAAAGCAAUUUAGAGAUAAUCAUUUUCCAGUCCCAAACAGUUUAUUGUUCAUAUCACGUCUCAACUAUAUACUUAUAUUCAGAAUGUACAGAUGUUACGAUUGAAUUCAAUGAACUCAAUUAAAGUAUAAGAAAAUGUAAUUAUCGUUUUCAAACGAAAAAUCAUGAUUGUCAAUGAAAACGGUUUUUAAUAUUCGAGAUAUUUUUAUUACUGUAAUAUAAUAUAAGUAUGAAAUAUUUAUUUCAUACAAUAUUUCAGAAAAGAAAAGAACUGCUCAAAGUAGUUAGCUACGGGUCCCGAUAGUCUGGAUCCGCUACUGUUUAGUAGUGCGUAUCAGGAAGGAAUGUAAAUUCAACAGCGGCGAACAGAUGACGCUAAUAAAGAGAGGUCAAAAUUUUAACCCAUAAGACCCGCGUUUCUUUUAGGAUAAUCCUUUUCAGUUCCGGACAAUAGCUGUUGUUUUCAGAAGCACGUAAAUAUUUUUAAUAACGCUAACUUUGUAGAUCCAAGAUGCGUCGCUGAAACUGACAGUAUUAACAAUUCAAAAAACUUAAAGAAAUAAAUAUUAAGAUGUCGAAUCGUAUGAGAAGUGCGUUCAACGAAGAUAAGAUAGUGAACCAAGGAGCAUCUACGUCAUCCACUAUAUCGAUCGAAAGUCCUGGCGAUAAUGAUCCAAACGUAGCCGAGGUUGUACUUUCAAAUAAAGGAGGCCCAAAAUUGAUUCAUCAUGGUUACAUGUACACCCUGCACAAGAAACAUCCAUACAAUAUCAGAUGGAGAUGUGUUGGCAGAACAAUGCAUUGCAGAGGUAGCCUCAGCACAACACCAUCCUGCACAAAACCAAGAGUGCUUAUGGAUCAUAACCAUAAACCUGAUUUUGAAGCUGCCCAGGUUGCCAGGAAACGUUACUUGGCUCUUGGCAAACCUUGUGUAUUAACAAACAUAGAAGGGGACAGAAAUCCUGCUAUACCACAACAUAUCCUCAAAGAAAAUGAUAAUGUAUCUGAACAAAAAGGAAUAAGACCAAAGACGCGAGCAUCAGCCAGGAAAGUAUUACAAUCACCAUCUCAGUCUAAUACAGGUGGGAAGACCAUUAGGAUAGCUGCACAGUCCCUGGUGAGACCUCACAUUCGGAACAUUGCACCAGCUCCUUCUUCACAACAACAACAGCAGCAACAGCAACGGCAACCAAAGACUCUUGUGUUAAAAACAAUACCUCUAAAAGUAAAGCAAGUCGCACCAACAACUAUUAAAAUGCCUCCUCGGCAAGCCAGCCAAUCGUUACCUCAUAAUAUCGUACAUCAACAACCUACAGAGGUUUGUCUAAGAUGGAACAGUUAUCACAGUAACAUGCAAAACAGUUUUCCAUCUUUGUUAGAUUCCGAGCAGUUUGUUGACGUUACCUUGGCCUGUGAAGGCCGUUCGUUAAAAUGUCACAAAAUGAUAUUGUCGUCGUGUAGUGAUUACCUCGCGGAGUUGUUACGUGAAAAUCCAUGUCAGCAUCCAAUUAUUUUAAUGAAGGACCUUAAAUUCUGGGAAGUCGAAGCGCUAGUCAAAUUUAUGUACCGUGGCGAAGUUAACGUUCCUCACGAUAAAUUGCCGCAACUGUUAAAUGCGGCUGAAGCGUUGCAAGUGAAAGGAUUAGCUGGGCCCAAUCCUUCUUCGCAGAAUCCAAAGCCGCCACUGCUUAUUCCGCAGUCGAAACCAUUAGUAACUCAACCAGUAGUUCCUCGAGCCACUUCAGAGACCAAAGAAAAAGCUUCCACUUCCGGAGUUACUACACCAUCUAGUCCGAAACGUGCGCAAAAGCGACAACAUUCAGACCCCAUCGAACCAAAACCCUUUACAAAGAUACGCUUACAACGACCAGUCACACCAACAUCGCCUACUAUUGCAGUUAAGAUGGAACCGUUAGAUAUACCUCUUAGCCCUACGAUAUUUUCUGAAAAUAACGAGGACAGUUCGACUCCCUCAAAUUUCGACAAGCUAAUGAGUUUACACGAAGAUGACGAUCCAGGUGGCAAUGAAACCACAGACGGCGAAAGGGAAAUUUUCUGCGAAAUUCCUGAACCACCUGAUAUAAAUGAUAGUGAAGAUCAAAUGGAAUUUGUACCUACAGACUUUUUAGACCAAGAACAAGAUAUAGUCGAGGAAACGGAAACUGCCUCAAAUAAAGAUAGUAAAGAAGAAUCCAGAGAUUAUAGUUCGAUUGAGAUUGAAGAUGGUGAAAAAUGUGAAGUUGAAAAGGAACAAUCUUCAAAAGAAAAGAAACCUGUUUAGUAAGAUGAUCAUUCAAUGAAUUUGAAAGAAAUUUAUUUAAUAUUGGAGCGUUUGAUGAAAGGCGAGAACGAACAUAACAAUGUCGAUGCUUUAAUUUUUUUUUAAGGAUUAUUAAGGUAAUGCAGUAUACAUACACAUGGUAUACACAACUUUUGUGAUAUUGUUAUGUGUAAACUAUUAUUACCAAUUAUUUUUUUGUAUGUAUGUUGUUUUAAUUUUAUUUGUUUCCGAUCGGUUGAAACAUAGAAUACAAUACAUAGUGAAUUGAAACUCUAUGUUAUAAUUUGUUCUCAGAAAAGUAUGACAAAUAUUUCGUUGACUGUGUAAAUAGAGUAUACGUAAUUAAACAGUAAAAUUAUUUUUACCAUUUACUGUGCGAAUCGUAGCGGUAAUAUAUAUCUUUCGAAUGUCUUCAUAAAGUUCACUGUUCAAAAUUAAUAUUUCCAUAUGAAUCAUUACGUCAUUACGAUUCAAAUGGGAAUUAUUAAAUUAUACAAAAUGAUUCAUUGUAUAUAUUUGUUAUAUACAAAGUACCUAUAACCAGGUUUAUUGUGUGACUCGAGAAGCUUCUACAUGAUAUAUGACUUCUCCUAUUUUAAUUAUAAUUUUUUUUAACAAAUCGAACUACUCCUCCAUAUUGCUCUAAUCUUAUUAUUCAAAGAUAGAUUUGGAUGUUAAAUAUGGUUAAUCAAGUUUAACAAUGUGACUUUUAAUUUAAAUUAUUAAUUUGUCUCGUUUUUUAAAAGAAAAGUUAGUGUACCUGUUGAAUUACUAUCAGUUCUUGCAGUAUAAUUUAUCAAGACCCAGUACAAAAUUAGCAAUUGUGAAUCAUGUUAAACAAUUUCCAAUAAUCUUUCUUUCAUAAUUUGUGCUGUGUAAAAGAUUGUUUAUUCUGGCAUUAUAUUCCUUCUAUAUACAUAUGCAUAUUACAAGCUAAGUAGAUGUCUGAUUUCGCUAAUAAAUCGAUGAAAAAGCAAUGCAUUUAUACGUUAGUCCUACGUAACCAUUCAUUAUUAUUAGAUAAGAUUGCCAAAUCGAUCCGUUGAAACGUAAAUUGAGGAUUCAUAAUCAUCGUACUUUUUAUUGUUAUUCCAAUUUUAGGUUUUUAGAUUAUUCUAUAAAUUUUAUAUUUUGAAAAAAUCUGCACAGAAUUUUCUGUUUAUUAUUGUAAGUACGCAUUAUAUUGAAGUAAUUAUGUAUAUGAUACAUACUAAAUCGAAGAUAUCUGCGAAAUUAUGUUUAAUGUAAAAAUACGUGCAUGAUUGGGCAGUAUGUGUAAAUUGUAACAUGUGAAAUUAUGUCUUAUAAAUAAAUUGCUAUAACAAUGUGUAGCAAAAUUAUUACUUGUAUUUCUUCAAUAC